AUGGGUUAUUUGAAUGGGGAUUUGUCCGUCGAUUCGGCUUUUGUGUUUUUACUUGGUCUGGGGUUGCUUGUCAGCUUUGCUUCUUGUGUCUGUUUAUACCUGUCAUAUUGGUACGUUAUGCUUAUAGCUCGGCAUGAGGGCAGUUUUCUCCAGGCUAGAUCCCCGGAUAGUUCGGUAGACGACAUCAAUGGCGUUUCGGGGGGCUCCAGUGAGCCCGACAGCCUCUCACCUGAGAAGCAAGCCAUUAUCGGGGCCGUUGUAGGAGGGGUCGCUGUCAUUGUCAUCACAGCAGGAAUCCUCUUCUUCCUCAUUAAAAAGCACAGAUGGGAUCAAAUCCGACAGCGCGAAAAAGCCCUGCUGGCGCUUCACGCUCCUCCGCCAGCAUACGAUAGCAGCGAUGCAAGCAAUAGCUCGAGGUCCUCAAGAAAACCCUCUCCUUCUCCUCUCCUUCCUCCUGUUCCCAUUCGUACUCCUGCACGCCCAGCAACCGUAUCCAUCCCCUCCUCGUAUCAAUGUCAAGUCAGCAGAGACAUAGAAGAGCAACCACCAGCGUACGACACCCUGUCGAUGCCAGUAUACGAUCCAUCGAGAUAUCAACAGCAGCAGCAACAGUUCCGCCCCACAUCGACUCUGACGGUAAACAACGGUUACCUGCACUAUUUGACCGGCGACACCAUGUACGGCCAGAGGUCUUCCCAACUAUCAGUGCCGUUUCAGGGUCAUCGGCAUACCAUUCAAAGUAUGCCAAGGUCGCAUAUCGGGGGUCAAGGGUCAGGAACUGGACUGCGAGAGUCGAAUCUUUCGUCUGUUCCGCAGCAUGGUAACAAUGGGACGAGGCCUCCUCGAAAGCCAAAGCCGGUGCUAUCGAGGUUGAUAACGAAUUUCGGGUAA